AUGGGCAUCAAAUGUGGCGGGGUACUCUCAGCGCCCUCCGGCAACUUCUCCAGCCCCAACUUCCCUGGCCUCUACCCCUACGACACCGAGUGCACCUGGCUCAUCGUGGUGGCCGAGGGCUCCUCCGUCCUGCUCACCUUCAGCCACUUCGACCUGGAGUACCACGACGCCUGCGGCUAUGACUACCUGCAGGUCUACAACGGUGUCACCCGCGACCACAGCAACCUGCUGGGCACCUUCUGYGGCCACCAGCCGCCCCCCUCCUUCACCUCCUCCUGGCACGUCCUGGCUGUCAUCUUCCACUCGGACAAGCACGUGGCCAGCCAUGGCUUUGCUGCAGCUUACCGCAGAGACGUCUGUGGUGGGGAGCUCACGGCACUCUCCGGAGAGAUCACCAGCCCCGACUAYCCAGAGAACUACCCCAACAACGCCGAGUGCCGCUGGAGCAUCCGGGCAGCGGCGGGCACCAGUGUCCGGUUGGUCUUCGCCGACUUYCAGGUGGAGAACGACGACGAGUGCAGCUUUGACUACGUGGCCCUCUUCGAUGGCGCCACGGCAGCAGCCGCCCGCCUGGGCCGCUACUGCGGCAGCAGCCGCCCUCCCCGCACCGUCUCCUCCGGCCACGAGCUCCUCGUCGUCUUCAAGUCCGACUUCAACAUCGGCGGCAGGGGCUUCAAAGCCUACUUCUACUCCGGCAAGUGCCAGGAGGUGUACACGGCCAUCCGAGGGAAUUUCUCCAGCCCCCAGUACCCCAACUUCUACCCCAACAACCUCCAGUGCCAGUGGACCAUCCAGCUGCCCCCGGGCUACCGAGUCAAAGUCUUCUUCUUGGACUUGGAGCUGGAGGGCCGCAGCAGCCUGACGGGGCGCUGCGACUACGACCGCGUGGCCGCCUUUGACGGCGGCGCCGAGGGCGCCCCGCUGCUGGGCGAGCGGUGCGGCCGCGAGCGGCUGCCCCCCGUCGUGUCCAGCGGCCACGAGCUGCUGCUGGUGCUGCGCACGGACCGCAGCACGGCCAAGCGGGGCUUUGCCGCCGCCUACGUCGGAGUGGUGCCUGUGAACGUCACCUGCACGCGGACAGACUUCCACAUCCAGAUCCCUGUGCAGUCGCUGGCCGCGCUGGAGAGGCACCAGGUCUACCUGGGCAGCCCGUCCUGCGCCGCCCACGUGGCYGGCUCCAGCUUUAGGAUCCACGCCAGGUUCGACGCCUGCGGCAGCGAGGCACAGAGGAGGAACGGCACCUCCGUCAUCGUCGGCGUGCUCUACCUCAACUUCUCGGCGGGUGGCCGCGAYGACGUGCACCGCUACGAGGUGCAGUGCGAGCCCAAGAGGAAGGAGGCCCGGGCCAGCCUGCUGGAGGGCCCCGAGCCGCAACGGCCCGGUGCGCGCGCCGAAAACCUCGCCGAGGGCCAGCGGCGCGAGCCGGAGCCGCCCCGCGACACCAGCGACGUGGUCUUCAUCAGCAUCUGCGUCCUCGCGGGGCUCCUCAUGGUCAUCGCCAUCGUGGGGCUGGUGCUGCUGUGA